AUUGAAUUGAAACCCCAUGGAUGCCCACUCUCUUCCCCCUCCUUUCCACACACGGGAUUUCCAUCUCCAACAACAAUUCCACCACAACAAUAAUUCUGAAGAAGAACAUAGCGCCACCACUACUCGUCUCAAACGAGAUCGCGACGAUGAUGACCACAACAACUCUGCCCCCACCAGCGCUGCCGACGCUGCCGCUGCUGAUGGAGAGAUUACUCGACGACCCAGAGGAAGACCCGCCGGAUCCAAGAAUAAACCCAAGCCACCAAUUAUUAUUACUCGAGACAGUGCCAACGCCCUUCGGACUCAUGUCAUCGAAGUCACUGACGGCUGUGACAUCGUCGACAGCGUCGCCACCUUCGCUCGCCGCCGCCAGCGCGGCGUUUGCAUUAUGAGUGGUACUGGCACCGUCACCAACGUCACUCUCCGCCAGCCGGCCUCCCCUGGUGCAAUUGUCAACUUACAUGGUCGCUUUGAGAUCUUAUCCCUUGCCGGCUCUUUCCUCCCUCCGCCGGCUCCUCCAGCUGCAACCAGCUUGACUAUUUACCUCGCCGGCGGUCAGGGGCAGGUAGUCGGUGGUAGCGUUGUGGGUACUUUAGUCGCCUCCGGCCCCGUCGUCAUCAUGGCUGCCUCGUUUAGCAACGCUGCUUAUGAACGCCUGCCGUUGGAAGACGACGACCAACCGCCGAUGCCGCCACUGCAGGGCGGAGGCGGAAUUGGGUCGCCGGAUGAAGUUGGACAGUCCCAACCGCCGCAAACAGCCCAUCAUCAACAGCAACAACAACAACUUCUGGGCGACGGAAAUGUGCCGUUAUUUCACGGUUUGCCUCCGAAUCUGUUAAACUCAAUUCAAAUGCCGCCAUCGGAAGCAGCUUAUUGGGGUACGGCUCGACCUCCGUACUAACCCCCCCCUCC